UACGCUUACUUAUUUUACAAUUCCUUUUCAGUGGUACUUCCUGUCUUUUCCUAUGGCAUGGCCAUAGGUUGGCUAUCGCCAAUGGGCCCUCGGCUCAUGUCCGCAGUGGACACUCCUGCAGCUGAACCUGUGCAACGUGAAGUCAUAUCCUGGAUGGCAUCCGUUGCUUACCUCGUUGGAACACCAGCAGUUUUUCUCUUCGGUUAUAUUGUAGACAAUUAUGGUAGGAAGAAAGCGCUUAUGCUGACAUCACUCUCAAUGGCGGCGUGCUGGGGAUUAAAGUUAUAUUCGACAGAAACUUGGGCUUUGAUAACAGCCCGUGCUAUUAUUGGCCUUGGAGUCAGUGGCUCCUAUGUAGUAACACCCCUUUAUAUCAAGGAAAUAAGCGAAGACAGCAUCCGAGGAAUGUUGGGCAGUCUUGUAGUUCUAUCACAGAAUCUCGGCAACCUCUUGGUGUAUAUUUUGGGAGAGUAUAUGUGUUAUCAUGCCACUUUGUGGGUUUGUUUAUCAGUGCCAUUGGUACAUUUGCUACUCUUCCCGACCAUGCCAGAGACACCUUCAUAUUUACUGAAAAGCGGUAAAGUUGAGGAAGCCAGAUCAGCACUGGCCUGGUUGCGCUGCCGGCAGCCUGCCGAUGCGGUAGUGGAUAGCGAACUACAGACAUUACUCCUAGAAUUGGAACAGACUAGUUCUUGUAAAUUCUUCACAACGCUUAAAACAUUAGUAUCUGACCGAUGCAUUUUCCGCGCCUUCCGAAUAACUUUGACGAUAACGCUGGCGAGGGAGCUGUGUGGCUGUCUAGCUGUGCUGCACUUUGCAUCGUCGAUAUUUAGCGCAGCCGGCGAUAGUUUACUACUGACUCCUAACCAGCAGGCCGCCAUACUGGGAAUUGUUCAGCUUGUGGGCUCUUGCACAGCCUCAAGUUUAGUGGAAAGAACGGGACGGAAGCCACUGUUAGCCACCACGUGCUUAGUGUCAGGAAUAGCGAUGGCGGCGCUGGGUACAUGGUUCGCUCUCGGGACACAAGCGCACGCGUGGCUGCCCGUGUUGGCUCUCUGCCUCUGUAUCUAUUGCGACGCGGCUGGCCUGCAACCAGUGCCUUUUGUGGUUAUGACUGAGAUGUUCUCUUUCCAGUAUCGCGGUACAGUCACAUCGAUUGUGAUAGCCUUCGCGUGUGCUCUAGUCUCAGUACAGUUACGAGUCUUCCAACCCUUGGCCACGCACGUUGGACUUUACUUCGUAUUCUGGUUAUUUGCUACUGUAUGUAUCAUCAGCACGGCGUACAUCGUCUUCUACGUUCCCGAAACCAAGAGAAGAUCUAUUGAGGAGAUUUACUCAGAAUUUGGUGUAAAAAAAGAAAAGGAUCCAGAAGCAAAUGUUACGAGACUUUAAUUUUACUAACUUAGAUGAUUUCCUUUCUAAUAUCACUUGAAAAGAU